AUGGGUGAGAGAGCGCCACCUCGGACCCAGACAGCCCAGGGGAUCCCGAACAGGCAGAAGCCGUACCCGGACCCUAAAAGACUGUACCUCUGCUCAGAGUGUGGCAAGAGGUUCACCACAGCGCCUUUACUAAAGUCUCACAUGAAGUCUCACAGUGGGGAGAUACACCACCAGUGCUCUGUCUGUGGGAAGUGUUUCCUGCUGUUCCAGGACCUCAAGAUACACCAGGAGAUCCACAAAGGGGGCAACAACUCUGACGCAGACAGUCCAGGGGAAGCAGAUCCGGAGAGACCGUUCCCCUGCUCUGUGUGUGGUAAGAGGUUCACCGCAGCCUUCAGGCUUAAGGCACACAUGAAGAUCCACAGCGGAGAGAAACCCCACCAGUGCUCCGUCUGUGGCAAGGCCUUCCUUCGACCCUACGACCUUAAAAGACACCUGGUGACCCAUAAAGGAGAGGGCACCAGCUCUGACCCUGACAGUCCAGGGGAUCCUGACCAGGAGUUGAAGCCAUAUUUCUGCUCCCAGUGCGGUAAGAGGUUCACUGCAGCCAGCAGCCUGAAGACACACACAAUGACGCACAGUGGAAAGAAACCCCACCAGUGCUCCGUCUGUGGGAAGUGUUUCCUGCGAUACCAGGACCUGAAGAGACACCAGGUGAUCCACAAAGGAGAGGGCACCAGCACAGGAAAACCCCACCAGUGCUCUGUCUGCGAGGAGAGUUUCUUGAAGCUCGACGACUUGAACAUCCACGUGACGAUCCACACAGGAGAGAAGACCAAGCACAUCUGCCAACCAUGUGGGAAGACCUUCACUCUGCUGCAGGACCUAAAGACUCACCAGCGCACCCAUACGGGAGAGAAACCGUACCACUGCUCCAAGUGCCCAGAGAGCUUUGGCAACCUGUUGGAGUACAGGGAGCACAAGCAGACACACAAUAACAAGAAACCGUACCUUUGUGACCAAUGCGGCCAGACGUUCACCCACUUCUACACCCUCAAGACCCACCGGUCAAUCCACACAGGGGAGAACCUCCUCCACUGCUCCUACUGUGGGAGGGGCUUCACUCAGAAAACCUCCUUGGCGACCCACAUACUGAUCCACACCAAGGAAAAACCGCACCAGUGCUCUGUGUGUGGCCAACGUUUUGCCAGAAGCGAAAGCCUGAAGAAACACAAGAGGAUACACAUGGCAGAGGUCCGCCAUCACAUGUGCGAGUGCGGGAAGAGUUUCCCUGACAUGAAGAGGUUGGAGGUGCACGCGAGAAUGCACUACAAGAGCCUGGAAAAGAAGUACUGCUGCUCAUACUGCGGGAGAAUGUUCCUACGGGACGGGGAUCUAAAGAGUCACCAGAGAACACACACCGGAGAGAAACCCUUUGUCUGCGCCAUAUGCGGGAAAAGUUUUGCCCAAUCGGGGAACUUGAGAGUGCAUCAGAUCAAGCACACUAAAGAGAGACCGUACCCUUGUACUGUCUGUGAUAAGGGGUUCACCACCUCUGGGAGUCUGAAGGUGCACAUGAGGAGGUUUCAUACAGGGGAGAAGCCGUGCUGUCACAAGCAUGACUGUUGCUAUGGGAAGGCUGAGAAUCUGGGUUGUCAGACCAAGACGGACAAGUACCAGUGGACCUGUGAGAACAAGAUGUCCAACUGCG